AAGUGACGUGAUAUUAGAACUAAAAUAGUUCCAGCUGAAAUGGUAGGUGAAUGAAAGAGGUGUGUUUUUAAAACCAUUUAGAAUCAUUCACGAUAGGGAAAGAAAGGCCACUUGGAAUAGUCCUUUUCACACUACCCCUUCAUACGCUGAGGUCGCGUAAACAGUCCAUGUUGGGGCCCGGGCUAAGAGAACGACCAGCACGACCAUGGUAGGACGCGAUGCGAGGACCACCAGCACCAUAAUGAGAGGACAUGCAGUGGUGCUGCCACUUCUGGUGAUGCUGUGGUGUGCCACGCCUGUGUUUUCUACUACAUGUGAAACCAUCGCCAAAAACGGAGAAGCCGUGGAACAAAAUGUGUGUGAAAGUGAAACCAACACCGAUGGUUGCCGGAAGUUUGUUGAAUCGUUCAACUCACGUGACCUCCCCUCUGGUUACCCCUCGGGCGAACAAGCCGAGCCACCCGUGUCUAUUGACAUCACCCCCCUCAACACCUUCUAUCAGAACGGUUACCAGCCCGGCAUGAGGGUCGUCUGGCAAAAUAUGAUAGGUUCAAAGGCCAAAGGUUACCUGAUCACGAACCACAUGAAGCUCGUCAAUGGCGACGCGAAGAUCGUCUGUCGGCUCAUCAAGUUGACGCAGCAGGGCAUCCAGCAACUGCAGGCCAAAAAGCUGACUUUCAGCUUGGAUUUUCCCUACAUUGGUGAGCGGAGUAUGAACAACGUCACUGUACAUUCCCUACCGGCGCCUAAAUUUUCGGACCGAUCAAGACCCAAGUCUCUCUUAAAGAUGAUGGUGUCGGCAGGGACCUAUUACAUCGAGAGCAAAGAGCCGGCUGAUUGGAUUCCCACCUUAGCUGUCGGCGUCCAAGACCAAUCAGUCAUCGUCAAGUUCGCGCGCUCCCCGCCCUCCUACAUGCUGACCAAGUUCAAGAUCGUGUUGGAGCAGCGGUCGCCGGAUAGCCCGAUAGAUUACAUCACUGUACAGGAGAAGGAAGAGGAGCAUGGGGUUUAUAAACCAGAACUACCAGAUGCUAAAGUCGUGUUUGAAAAUGUGCUACCUGAGUUAUAUCGAAUAAGGUUGUAUGUGAUAGACCCAUAUAGGAUGAAAACUGACCAGUGCCAAUGCUGGAAAACAGAUGAAAACAUGCGAUACUGCACAAACACCUGUGGCAUUCAGCACAGCUGUCAUUUCUAUGUUGGACCACGUUGGUACGGUUUUCACUCAACCUCCAAGGCUACCCGCACCGGACUAUCCCUCGGCCAGCUGAUACCUACAGCAGCCCUGCUAACAUUAGCCUUGUUUCUGGCACCCUUCUAAGGCCUCAUUCCACGUUCCAUCAUGUGUGUUUUUUAAGCUGAGUUGCCUUAAAGUGACUCUAGAACCACAUUAGCCGUUUUCACCCCCCACUUCUCCCCCCACCCCCGAGUUGUCAGACGUCAUCACAAGACUCCUGGUCUUCUUAAAAUAUCAUCAAAGUGGCCUCCCCUGAAGUAAAAAAAAACAGUGGCCUACCCUAAACAAAACAAAACUUUAAUUUUAAAAUCUACAUCAGUUCUUAACCUCCCUGACCGCCUCCCACGCACACAUAUAACACAUCGUCACAAAUAGUGACCCCUGCCUUAGGGUUUGGGUGUGGCAGGUUAUUUAUAGACCACGCCUUGGCGGUUUUUUAGCUAUUGCUAUUUAAAACAAUGUUUCAUCGCCUCUUUGAAUAUUUAAUUCAUGAUUUAAUUUAGAACAAUAGAUUUGUUAUUUUGGAUCACUCAAUCAUUGGAAUUUUUUUUAGUUAAUAAAAUUCAAAAUUUAACAUGGCAAUACUAUUUGCUAACCCAUAUUACAAAUAUAUUUUAAAAUAAAUAUUAAAAGAAAUGUAUGAAUAAAUAAAGCUAAAGAACAUG